AUGUCCUUCCUCGCCGAGAAUCAACAUGGACAACAGCCAGGCCCAUCACCAAUGACUCCCGAAAGCCAGCUCACGCACAAAACCAGCCCUGCAAUGCCUCAAGUCCCUCAGAUCCCCGAGCAAGGCGCUCCGCAGCCGCGAACCGAGCCGCCCCGUUCAACAGGGUCCGGCAACCAGGCUCUCUUCCGCCUCACCCCGGACUUCCAGGUAACCGCCCGCGAAGCAUCACGCUUCCUCUCCAUAUACAUGUCCGAAUACGCGCCCAACUUCCCCUUCGUCAUGGUCCCCGCCGCCGCCACCGCCCACAGCCUACACAGCCGCAGCCAAGGCCUAUUCUGGGCCAUCAUGACCGCCGUGGCGCCGCAGUCCUCCGCCGUCCAGCGGCACGUCAAGACGUGGUUCCGGCAGUACGUGGCAGAACACGUCCUUGUCCGACAGGAAAAGACCCUGCAGCUACUGCAGGCCAUUCUCGUGCAUCUCGCGUGGGGCGACUUCCACUUCUACAUCGACGCCGAGGCGACCAACCUCCUGCACCUAGCCCUGGCGCUGGCCAUGGACCUCCGGCUGGAAAAGUCGCCCGAAUCCAGCGCCGCCACGAUGCGCUCCCAGCUCGGCGAGGCCUGGGCGGCCCUCCGUCAGGGCGUCCCAAGCAGGCUCGGCAUCCCGCACACCCUCGACGACAAGAGGGCCGCCCUGGGCCUCUACCACCUGUCUUCACUAACCUCGGCACUGUUCAAGCGCGGCCCCCGAUUCCCGUGGACGCCCUACCUCUGCCAGUGCUGCGAUGCGCUCACCGACGCCCGCGCGCACGAAUCAGACGCCCGCCUCGUCGCGCUGGUCCGCAUCCAGCGCAUCGCAGACGGAGCGUACAGCAUCCUCGCCGCGCCGGGCGGCACGACGCGCGACACACGCACGUACGGCGCCUCUCUCGAAAUGGCCGUCGCCCACGUCCGGCGCGAACUCGACUCCUUUGUCGCCGCGCAGCCCGAGGCCGUCAAACAAGACACCUGCCACCGCGUGCUGACAAUGCGCCUCUACGAGCCGGCAAUGGCCAUGGCGGCGCCUCCCCCGACCGACUCCGACUCCCUCCUCAGCGAGCCGUUCCUCCGCGCCGAGUCGCUGGACAAGUGUCUCGACUCGUCCGGGGCCUCCUUUGCCGCGCUGCUCUCCAUCCCGCCCAGCCAGCUGUGCCGUCUUCCGCUCGCGGGCACCGCUGCCCUUGCCUUUACAAUCGUCACGACCUGUCGGCUGCUGUUGCUUGACACCGCGCCCGACUGGCAGCCCGACGUGGCGAGGAAGAAGCUAGAUUUUGCCGCUGCCUUGAGAGAAAUCCAGGACAAUUUUGGGCAUGCAGACAAGUGGGCCGUGGAGAAUGCCCGGAAGAGAAGGCUGAGAGAGAACGACGACGCCGCAAACAGGCCAGACCAUUAUACGAGCAACUUGGGGUGGAUUCGGCAGUGGUACAUGUCAAAGGCUGGGCAGGCGGAACGGCAGUCGUCUGAGGCGCAGGCCCAAGAGGGCACUUUGACGCCGGCAGAUGCCCAGCCGUGGCCCGAUGCAAGGCUGGACUUUGAGUUUUGGCCCGAUUUGAUAGCCAUGUCUGAUGUGGCCAUGCAGACAUUCUCAGGAAACACAUGGAGCGAUAUUUGA